AUGUCCCACUCCACACCCUCACAAGCAUCCCCGCCGCCUCCGCCGCCAAAGUCGUCCGUCUCAGAGACCGAAAUGUCCCACUUCUCCGCCCUCGCCUCGUCAUGGUGGGACCCAGAAGGCCCCUCUCGCAUCCUCCACGAGAUGAAUCCUCUCCGUCACGUCUUCAUCCAACGCUGCCAGUCGCUGUACCCAAGAGACGUCACAAAACCGCAAGCAAAGCGCCGAUACCUCGACGUUGGCUGCGGUGGAGGCAUAUUCGCAGAGUCGGCAGCAAGACUUGUGGACACGGAGUCAGUGACGGCAAUCGACCCGACAAAAGAGGUGCUGGCUGUCGCAAAGAAGCACCAGAGAAGCGAUCCCCUGCUGUGUGAACCCGGAAGAUUGAACUACAUCAAUACUGCUAUCGAGAACUUGCCGUUACCAGCGACACCGCAGCAAGGUGUGGAUGUCUUGUCCGUCUUUGAGGUUAUCGAGCACGUCACUCACCCCGCUCCUUUCCUGGCGAAUUGCAUGCCUCAUGUCAAGCCUGGCGGUUGGUUGGUUCUCAGUACCAUCAGCAGGACCUGGGCGAGCUGGUUCACUACAAAGCUUGUCGCCGAGGAUAUUAUGCGCAUCGUUCCCCCAGGCACCCACGAUUGGAACCAGUAUAUCAAUGUCGACGAGAUGAAGGCUUGGGCGGCCAAGCAGCCAGGUUGGAGUAAUCCCAUGACCAUGGGCGUUGUCUACAUACCUGGCUAUGGCUGGAAGGAAAUCCAGGGCAGUGAGGGUUGGGGCAACUACUUCUUUGCUAUUCGCAAGAAUCUUUAA